AAAAGAAAUAGAAUAAAAUCUGGUAGAGUAUCAUUUACUGGAAGAAGUUUCAUAACUAUAUAUAAAUAUAUAUUGCUAAUAGAGUAAUUUGAGGUGAAAGAAAGAUCUCGACAUGGGAAACAAGGUUGUUCUUAUGUUGAUUUCGUCCCUCUUAAUCAUCUCAUCCUCAAUGGUCUUUGCAGACGGGGACAAAUCGCCAUUUUUUCGAGGAGCAUUUGGAACCCAAUCGAAACUUCCACCGAAGAACACGGGUGCACCCGCACCGAUAACACCUGACAGCCCGUCUACUGAAAAAACGUCUACCACCGAUAAUACAUGGUUUGCAAGUAUGCAAGAAUAUAUGAGCAGUAUGCAAGAAUAUAUGAACAGGAUGCAAGAAUAUAAUAACGUGAUGCAAGCGAAUCAAGAAUAUAUGAACAGGAUGCAAGCAAAUCAAGAAUACAUUAACAGGAUGCAAGAAUAUAUGAACAGGAUGCAAGCAAAUCAAGAAUAUAUGAACCGGAUGCAAGCAAAUCAAGGAUAUAUGAUGAACAGGAUGCAAGAAUAUAAUAACAUGAUGCAAGCAAAUCAAGAAUUUAUGAGCAGGAUGCAAGAAUAUAAGAGCAGGAUGCAAGCAAAUCAAGAAUAUAUGAACAGGAUGCAAGCAAGUAUGACCAGGGUAACAGUGGAAGAACCACCAGUAUCUCCAGCUCCUAGUACACCAGAAGAUGAGACUGUACCAGACAUUGAACAACCACCACCACCGCCAUUCACCUAGGAUAAAGCGCAUAGACAGUGUUUAGUUACCUGUAGUAUAGGGACUGAUAUAUCAGUCUCAAAUAGAGACUGAACAUGUUUCUUAAUUUAUGUUUCCACGUGUAUCUGUAUCUAUAUGCAGUGUUGGAUUAUUCAGGUUUGUUUACGGGGUCACGGGUCGGUACGUUAUCGGGUCAUAUGUCAAAUGGUUAAGUAGCUAACGAAGUAGUUGGUUAGCGGGUCAUAUAUUUGGAUCAGUACGUUGCUUUCUACACAAGUUGCAUAAUAUGGAAGUGGUCAGAUUUGACCGAGUUUAUUGCGAACGCAGCGGAAUUGAGAAUAAGUAAACUCCAGUAGUUUCUAAUUUGCUGAAA